AUGAGUUCUUACAAUACAUUCAGUCAGUCCUCUUCUAGUUAUGUAGAUCUUCUCAACAGUCAAGGCGAUACUCUUAACCUAGAUGGUGCUUACGAAGUACCUCCUUACUCGUCUCAAGAAUCUCAUCAGGAUGUACCUCUUUCUCAAGAGACACAUAUCAGGAAGGAUAGGAAGAAAUGGAAUCCGGCUGAUGAUGAAGCUCUUAUCAGUGCGUGGCUGAACACUUCAAAGGACCGUAUUAUUGGAAAUCAACAAAAGGGAGGAAGCUUUUGGCAAAGAGUUAACAAAUACUAUGCAGACACUCCUCAUGCUAUAGGCAAUGGUGAACAGGGGAUGAACAUAAACUGUAAGCAGAGGUGGUUUAGGAUCAAUGAGUGCACUAACAAGUUCUGCAGUGGUUACACAGCUGCGGAAAGACUAAACUGUAGUGGACACUCUGAGAAUGAUGUGCUGAAGAUGGCCCACGACAUCUAUUUCGCUGAACAUAACACGAAGUUUACAAUGGAGCAUUGCUGGUGUUUGUUAAGGCCUCAAGGUAUCAAGGCUGCAAAGGCCAAGAGGAACAAUGCUCAGGGGAAGGCUUUCGCUGAGUACAAGAGCAUGUUGGAAGUAAAAAGGGUGGAUAUGGCUGAAAAAGAGAAGCUACAGAAGCUUGGCAUAUUAGACACACUUCUUGCCAAACCAGAGCCACUUAGUGAAGCUGAUCAACUUAUCAAGGAUAAGAUAGUGGCUCAGUAUUUCUAA